CACCAGACUGCGAUCGAAAAGUGUUCGAGGGUCGAGCGCCAGACGGAAAUGGGAAGCCAGUGCAAGUUCUGGCUUCCAAAGAAAAACAGGUUUUGUGCAAACACGCCUCUCGGCAAUUCCUUGUUCUGCGGGAACCACACGAAGAGGUCCGACGGCCGCUGGAUUCCAUGCCCAAUUGACCCUUCUCACUCUGUACUUGAAGAAAAUCUUGAAAGGCACCUUAAGAGAUGCCCGUUACUGAAACAAGUUCAAUCUUUGUCACUCAAACCUUUCUACCAAAAGGGUAUCAAUGGCGGCCAAGAAGAAGGUGUUAAAGAUUUGAACACCUCAAAUAUCACUUCAGAAAUGAAGAGAAAUGCUGUGUAUGCUAUGACCGUGCCUGAAUUCUCUGAAUUGAUCUGUAAAAUCAAGUCUAUCCACGCAUCAAUAUGCAAUGACAUUCGAGAUUCGUACAAGAUUCCGGAAGCUUGUGGGAUUUGGAUUAACCGUGAAGUGGACAGCAAGUGUUGUUGGCAGGAAGCUACCAUUUCAAGAGAAACAUGUCUUGCAGCAGGCGUCAAUUCUUGGGAACAUUGAAGAAUUUGGAGUGAUGAAGUCUUGUGGUAUGGGUUGGAUGAGGGCAAAUUCGGAAUGUAAUGGUUCUUCUGGGGAUGAUAAUGAUGUUCCUGCGGUGGUUGAAUUUGGAGCUGGGAGGGGUUACUUGACUCAAAUGCUUGCAGACUGUUAUAAAAUCAAGAAAGUCUUGUUAGUCGAGCGGAAGUCCUACAAACUAAAGGCUGAUCGAAGUUUGCGACAGAAAGAGAGCUUCAUAUUAGAGCGAUUGAGAAUUGACAUUGAGGAUUUAAACUUGAAUGCUGUUGAGUCUUUACAAGGAGUUCCUUAUUUGGCUGUCGGUAAACAUCUCUGUGGUCCUGCAACAGUUGAGGAUUUAAACUUGAAUGCUGUUGAGUCUUUACAAGGAGUUCCUUAUUUGGCUGUCGGUAAACAUCUCUGUGGUCCUGCAACAGAUAUGACUCUAAGAUGUUGCAUACAGGAGCAAUGUAAUCAAGUUAAUGCUGCUCACUGCAAAGCCAAUUGCUCCAUUAAAGGCCUAGCCAUAGCAACAUGCUGUCAUCAUCUUUGCCAGUGGAAGCAUUAUAUAAAUAAGAGAUAUUUGUCAAAUCUCGGUAUCACCAUGGAAGAUUUCCAUGCCAUUACAUGGUUUACCAGUUGGGCAGUCGAUGCAGAUCAUGGUUCAGAUCUUUCUGAUGUUGAUUGCAGAUCACAUAUACAGAUCACUGAGAUGGAAGAGUGUAGCUGGGAUUCAGGUUCAUGUGGAGUUGAAGAAAUUAUUAUGAAUAUGAGGGCUGUGGAGAGGGCAGUAUUGGGCUUCAUGUGCAAGGAUAUAAUUGACGUAGGAAGGUUGAUGUGGGUGCGGAAACAGGGCCUAGAAACUCAGCUUGUCAAGUAUGUUCAAUCUAAUAUCUCUCCUGAAAACCAUUUGUUGAUAGCUAGGCACAAAAAUAUAUUCUAG